UCGUAGAAGAAGAAUGGCCAGUUGGAUGUGGCUCCGCUGUAUUUUAGGGCCUCAUUUGCAACGAAUUCACCGUUCAACGGACCAGUCUCGACCCGAGGGCAGGGCCGGGAGGAGGCAGGGAUGGAACUACCAACCCGGGAGUCUGGAGAAACACACGGACAGCAUCCUCGGUUGGGCUUCAGCACUGUGGUCUCUGUCCUACUAUAGCUCUCCUCUUCUCCUGUGCUACCUGUACAGGAAAGGUUACAUCUGCAGCAGUAAGCUGGUUCCAGUGAGUCAGUAUGUGGGAACAGUGCUGGUGUGUCUUCUAGGAGUCGCCUGUCUGAGAGGGUGGGGGAGAUGGAAAAACUCGGAGUAUCUUCAGUUUCUCUCCAUUCUUGAAGAAAACAAAAAGAAUCACACGCCAACAAAUAAGAAAACGCUGAAGUGCUAUGACUUUGACUUCUCGUUCUGGCCUUCGGAUUUCAGCUGGACAGAAGUCAGCAAUCUAAAACUCUCAAAGGCUGGCGUUUCUCUGCUAAAGCCAGAGCCCAGAUUAAGAGGAGCAGCAGACAGUGUCCUUCACACUGUGCGGACUCUACCAUGCCACAUCAUCAGUUUUCUUGUUGCCCACUCAUUUGGGAGGAGGAUGCUGUACCCUGGCUCUGUAGGUUUACUGCAGAAAGCCAUGCGGCCCAUGCUCCUGCAAGGCCAGGCUAAGUUAAUAGAAGAGUUUGACGGCCAAAGGAACAAGCUUGUGGCCUGCGAUGGCAAUGAGAUCGACACGAUGUUUGUGGAUCGAAGGAGAGACGGGGGGCAGACCGGCCAGACCCUGGUCAUCUGCUGUGAGGGGAACGCAGGCUUCUACGAGGUGGGCUGCAUGAACACGCCACUGGAGGGUGGCUACUCUGUGCUGGGCUGGAACCACCCUGGCUUUGGAGGCAGUACGGGAGUGCCAUUCCCCCAGAAUGAGGCCAACGCCAUGGAUGUAGUGAUCCAGUUUGCAAUGCACAAACUGGGCUUCCAGCUCACUGACAUUGUGGUCUACGCGUGGUCCAUAGGAGGAUUCACAGCCAGUUGGGCAGCGAUGUCGUACCCAGAGAUCCAGUCGUUGGUGUUGGACGCCUCCUUCGAUGACCUCCUGCCUCUGGCGCUCAAAGUCAUGCCCGACAGCUGGAGGCCGUUGGUACAGCACACAGUCAGACAGUACAUGAACCUCAACAAUGCUGAGCAGCUUCUCAAAUAUCAGGGAGCAGUCCUGCUGAUCAGGAGAACCAGAGAUGAGAUCAUCACCACGGGUCCAGAGGACGUCAUGUCUAACAGAGGCAAUGAUCUCCUGCUUAAACUGCUGCAAUUCAGGUAUCCAAAGAUAAUGACCGACGAAGGGAUUAGAGUUGUCAGGCAAUGGCUGGGAUCCUCCAAUCCCUUAGAAGAAGCAUCCGUGUACAGCGGCUAUGAAGUGGACGACGACUGGUGUGUGUCUGUGCUGCAGUCGUAUCAGGCAGAGAGAGAUGUUGUGUUUCCAUGGAGUGUUGGUGAGGAUAUGAUGAUGGAGGGAAGACGGCAGCUGGCUCUUUUCUUGGCACGGAAGUACAUGCGAAACUUUGAAGCGACACACUGCACUCCUCUCCCCGCCUCCGAGUUCCACCCGCCCUGGAGACUGUAAAGAAAAGAUGGAUGGAUGCGAGGAAACGAGCAGCAGAGGAUUUGGAUGGCCUGUGGUCAAGAGCGUAUUUCUAGCAUGGUGUGAAUGUAUAACUGUGAUUUUGUUCCCGAUUCUUUCCGACAGAUUAGUCGUCAUGUUUUUAGUGUUGCUGUGGUGGCAUCUGGUCUACUACUACUCCUCAUCCGGAGCCACAAAUCUGUAAAAUAUGGUGCAUCUUAUUUUUUUUUGAGGUUAGAUUUGAUUCAUGCUGUUCAGUGUUAGUCUCCUAGGGGGGAAAAAAAAAAGGCAUUUUGUGUAAACGCAAAAGCUAUUUCUCUCCUUCCACCGCUCCCUCUUUGGCUGGAUUUAUAAAGAAGCAAUUACAAGUAGAAAUGCGUAGCUGAAAUUUAAAUAUUGUAAAAUAAUCUGCAUAGUUUCUUUAAAAUGCAGCCAAAGUGUUAAAGCUUUUCAGGUUUUUCUUUUCUGUGGACACCAUCUUUAUGAACAAAGCUGUAUCCUAAAAUCAUGCUCUUACAUGUUCUGUUAAAUAUGCUGAAUAAAAUGUUUGACAUAAGGGA